AUGAACAUAGACGAAUCGGUGGAUCCUACUCCAGAGGUUGUUCCUAACAAGAUGGAUCCAGCUCUCCAGGCUAGCCUAUCGUCCGAACCAGAUCUGUACCAGCAAUUUGUGAAACUUCUCCAUCUGCCCAAAUUCGCCGCUCAUCCGGACGUGCUUCUUCAGUUACAUCUGGUUUUGCCUCAUGUAGAGGAAUCCGAGAAGCAGCUACUACUCAAAAGACUCAUUUUCUACGGCCAAUGGCAUCUGUUCUGGCAGGUCUCUAUCACAGACGCUACGUCCUUGAGCGACAUUGAAGAUAUCGUCGAUCUUCUACAUUCCGAACUACGCAUUUGCAAUAACGUCUACCUAGGAGUAUGGCAAGCACUCAGAGCAGCCAGACAUGAAUCGUCAACUUCCGGCCUUUUAACUUCCAUUGUGGAGACUGUCGAAUACAAGUUCUCCCUUAAUAAGGCUCAGGUCUCGGCGGUCAUGAGCUUUGUGGAUGAACUCGACAAUGUGGAGAACAGCGACGAACUAGUAUUUUUCGAGGAAAACCACCUCGAGACUAUAUCCAAUGAUCCCAUUAGCAAAGCUUUUUUCUUGCAAGCGCAGCUCAAUCUCAUGGACCAAAAGUCUGCUAUCAAAGCUAUAAGAAAUGAACCCAGCAUUCUCGAGAGACCGGGAUGGUUUUCCUUUCUCACCAGCUCAAUGGCAGAUUCAAUACCCUACCUACCACCGAGUCAAGUACCUGAAAUUUCUGAAGACUCUUCCCGAUCCGCCCUCAUGACCCAUUUUUUGCAUUUCCGUCUGGCACACAUCAACGAGAGUGACUUUUUCUCUCUCCUACAAUCAGCAUCUGCCCAAGACGCCCACCGCAUAUUCCUAAUUGCAUACAAAAACAACCAACGUGGUCUUCUACAGAGCCAACGACUCUUUGACUUCGUGGUGAAAUUGGCAUUAUUUAGCUGCAAAGAAGACGUGAUGUUGGAGGCUAUCAAAAAGUUUUAUAAACACAUGUCAGCGACGACUUUGAAGCUCGCUUUUCCAUUCAUUAUUCAGAGGUCUCCAAAAGUCUUGCAAUCACUUGAAGAAAAACGACCUGAACUUUUUCAAAAAGCAUGUCUAGCAUAUAUCAAAGAUGCCUCUCCGCAUGAAAUUGUGACUAUUAUCGAAAAUUGCAACAAUAACCGUCAUGUCCUACGAACAGCCCUCAGGCUGGUUGAACCACAAAACUCCGGAAUCAUUUUGCAGGGCCUUGAAAAGACCAAACUCACCGCAUACAAUCUUACUGAGCUUUUGAGAUUCGCCUUUCGCAAUAACAUCACCGACAAUCGAGCAUGUGCCAUCUUUGACAGAAUUCUCAAGAAAACUUGGAACACUACAGUUUUAGAGAAGCGAGGACAAACGGUUAACUAUCAAUUCGAAGAUGAUUUCAGGUUCUACUACGCCAUGGCGUCUAAGGACGAACGCACAAAAAUGAUUCAUACGCUUCAGACAUUGGGUCAAACAAUAUCGACCCUAGACACCGAACACAUGGCCGAUUUCACCAAUAAUCUUUACGACUACCUAUUUGCAUCAAACAACUUCACAUUCAUACAAUCGAAAACGGGAAAAACAUACAUCUUGGACAGGAUAAUGAAGAAGGCAAUGCACUUCGUCUACAAAAGUCAUACCAAAACCCAUCUGAAAGACGGUGUGAAGCAAAUCCGUGACAUAUUAAAAUUGUUAAAAUUUGAUUCUCCCACGGGUCAGGCAUCCGUUUUCGAAUUCAUAGUCCAUGACGAGCCCACCUUCAGAGACUAUCUCAUGUCCAAUAAAGCUUACGGAGUAACAGGCCCAGUUUCUCUUGCAAACCCCACCCAACGAGAAAUAAGUCUCAAUGAUGCUCUCAUUGGUGAACUAAAGGCUCGUGGGUCCUUCGAAAGUGAGCAGGCAACAAGGAAAAGAGUUGAUGUCCUAGCAUUGAUGCAAAGGAUGGUUCAAGACUUUGUGUACAAAGUUUCAAAGAAAAGAAAUAUGAGUGAUGGUAUGGCCAAAGAUGCGGGAGGAAAAAUCUUUACAUUUGGUUCCUAUAGGCUUGGAGUUUACGGACCCGGGUCAGAUAUCGAUACUUUGGUCGUUGUCCCAAAGCAUGUUCUACGGGAAGACUUCUUCACUGUUUUCGAGGAGAUAAUUAGGGCAAGACCCGAACUCGAGGAGAUAACUUCCGUUCCAGAUGCGUAUGUGCCUAUCAUAAAGCUUGAGUUUGAUGGGAUAUCCAUCGAUUUGAUUUUCGCUCGUCUUAAUGUUUCUCGUGUUCCAUCCGACAUGACAUUAGAUGACAAAAACUUGCUAAAAAACAUCGAAGAAAGAGACCUCAGAUCUCUCAAUGGAACUCGAGUUACGGAUGAAAUAUUGACUCUAGUUCCCAAACCGACUGUUUUUAAACAUGCUCUCAGAUGCAUCAAGAUGUGGGCGCAACAACGUGCUGUGUAUGCAAACGUGUUCGGUUUCCCUGGUGGUGUUGCAUGGGCAAUGUUAGUAGCUAGGAUCUGUCAGUUAUAUCCGAAUGCAGUUAGUGCUGUCAUUAUUCAAAAGUUUUUCAGCAUUUACACGAAGUGGAAUUGGCCUCAACCGGUUCUACUCAAGCCUAUUGAAGAUGGCCCCUUACAAGUCAGAGUGUGGAACCCACGUAUAUAUCCACACGAUAGACAACACAGAAUGCCAGUGAUCACCCCAGCAUAUCCUUCGAUGUGUGCUACCCAUAACAUAACCAACUCUACGCAAAAGGUUAUUCUUAAAGAAAUAUCACGAGGAAAUGAGAUAAUGGAGAAAAUUAGUACUGGUGAAGAAACGUGGUCAAGUUUGUUGAAGAGGCACACCUUCUUUCAUGACUACAAAUUCUAUUUGUGUGUCGUUGGUGCUACACUUGGCACCGAUGAAGAUCACCAUAAAUGGAGCGGCUUGAUUGAAAGUAAAUUACGUAUUCUUGUCCAAAAGCUCGAAGUUGCUGAGGGUAUCGCACUCGCUCAUCCAUAUGUCAAAUCAUUUAGCUCCGCUUACAUAUUAGGAGAGGAAAAGGUUGAAGAUGUUUUGGCUUCAUACGGUAGCCUUCUGGGUGAAUCUUUCAUAAAUGGAUUGCAGCAGCCAUCGGAAGACAAGAAGCCCGUUGAAGGCGAAGCCGAUGCAAUCCCUCCUAAGGUCAUUUAUCUCACCAAAUUGUUUAUUGGCUUAGACGUAAGUCUCGUGAGAGAAGUCGGCGGCGUUAAAAAACUUGAUAUCCAGUACCCUUGCUCCGAGUUUUAUAAUCUCUGCAAGAGUUCCACUCUGUACGAGGAGGGCAAGAACUUCGUCCAAAUCAAGAAUGUGAAAUUGCAUGACUUGCCAAGUGAUGUCUAUGAAGAGGGUGAGGCUCGUCCCGUGAAGGCUGGUAAGAAACGCAAGAAGGACGCAAAUGGUGAGCAGUUGAAACGACCCAAAGGAUUGACUCCCACCGCCGCAGCCUAA